AAAAAAAAUCCCGCAAGGACUCAGAGGCAAAAAAUAUACAAAUCAAUUUUCACUGCAAAGUAAAGGAGCUGUUACAGUGGAGGAUUCCUGGACUGAAUGUCAAUAUCAUGACAUAGUGUGAGUGUGUUUUGUGUUUGGUAAUUGCAAUCAUUGUUGCUUUCGUUAUGGUGAUGCAUUUAGAAUGCUUGGUGUCAGUCUGUUUAUCUCUUGUAAAAAUAAAAUACAGUGUGUGUGUGUGAAAAAAAAAAAGAAUUCACACAUGAGGAAAAAAAAAGAACUAUGCAUAAAGUCUUACUUACUCUAAGGUUCACCUUGUACCUCUCCUGUCAUACAACUCGUCACUUUCCCCAUCAUAUACCACCAAAUGCCAAAAAGAAAUCUGAGUACUCUGCGGUCAUGGCACAGGUAUUUCUAAAGAGAGGAACACCUGUUCCAAAAUCACUAAUCCGAGAAUAAAUAUAUGGGGAAAUGAACUGGGAACAAAAAGGAAAGAAAGAGGGCAUGAUGAAACCAUUUGAAAGCUGGCCUGAGAGACGAGACGAUGGCGGCAGGGCCGUGGCCCGGACCGCAGCCACCGCUCUGUCCCCUUUGUUCCCUCGACCGCUCGUAAACCGCUCAUGGCCCGGUGGCCACACUGCCUCCCAGGGAGCUGUAAUGGAGGAGUCGCAGGCAGAACUCGGCGUGGAGCCCCCUCUGAGUCAGGAGACGUUUUCAGACUUGUGGAAACUGCUUCCUGAAAACAACCUUCUGUCCUCUGAGCUCUCCCCAGCCGUGGAUGACCUGCUGCUGUCCCCAGAAGAUGUCGCAAACUGGCUGGAUGAACGUCCAGAUGAAGCCCCCCAAAUGCCAGAGCCCCCUGCGCCAGCUGCCCCCACCCCAGCCGCCCCAGCACCAGCCACCUCCUGGCCCCUGUCGUCCUUUGUCCCUUCCCAGAAGACCUACCCUGGCAGCUACGGGUUCCGUCUAGGUUUCCUGCAUUCCGGAACAGCCAAGUCUGUAACCUGCACGUAUUCCCCUCCCCUCAACAAGCUGUUUUGCCAGCUGGCCAAGACCUGCCCGGUGCAGCUGUGGGUCAGCUCACCACCCCCACCCGGCACCCGGGUCCGCGCCAUGGCCAUCUAUAAGAAGUCAGAGUACAUGACGGAGGUUGUGAGGCGCUGUCCCCACCAUGAGCGCUGCUCUGACUAUAGCGAUGGUCUGGCCCCUCCUCAGCAUCUCAUCCGGGUGGAAGGGAAUUUACGUGCUGAGUAUUUGGACGACAGAAACACUUUUCGACACAGCGUGGUGGUGCCCUACGAGCCGCCUGAGGUUGGCUCUGACUGUACCACCAUCCACUACAACUUCAUGUGUAACAGCUCCUGCAUGGGAGGCAUGAACCGGCGGCCCAUCCUCACCAUCAUCACACUGGAAGACUCGAAUGGUAAUCUGCUGGGACGGAACAGCUUUGAGGUGCGUGUUUGUGCCUGUCCUGGGAGAGACCGCCGCACAGAGGAAGAGAAUUUCCGCAAGAAGGGGCAGUCUUGCCCUGAGCUGCCCACUGGGAGCGCUAAGCGAGCACUGCCUACCGGCACCAGCUCCUCUCCACCGCAAAAGAAGAAACCACUGGAUGGAGAAUAUUUCACUCUUCAGAUCCGUGGGCGUGAACGCUUUGAGAUGUUCCGAGAGCUGAAUGAGGCCUUGGAGCUGAAGGAUGCUCAGGCUGGAAAGGAGCCAGGGGAAAGCAGGGCUCACUCUAGCCACCUGAAGUCUAAGAAGGGGCCGUCUCCCUCCCGCCAUAAAAAACUGAUGUUCAAGAGAGAAGGGCCUGACUCAGACUGACAUCUUCUGCUUCCUGUCCUCUAUUGACACCCCUACCCUCGUUCUCCCCUUCCCUGCCAUUUUUUGGGUCUCAGGGGCUUAAACCUCUGCUUGGUGCAGGUGUGCCUCGGAAACACCCUGGAAUUCUUCCGUUUGCUUGGCCUGGGGCUCUGCUAAAGAGGUUGGCCUGCACUCAUGGCUUUUGGGGGAGGUAGCUGGGGCCUUCCAGCUUAGCUUUUAAGGUUUUCACCGUGGGGAGCAUUUGAGAGAGGUAGGAAAACGUUCCUGCAUGUGAGGAACAUUUUAUAACCAGCCAUACACUGGGUUGGAAGUCCGGUUCUCUACCAUACUAGCCAUGGAAGCUAUCUUAAGUUGUUGAGUUUCUCCGAACUUGAUUGUCCACAUUUACGAAAUGCCGAUAAUCAUACCUACCUCACGGAGUUUGUUGUGAGGGUUAAUGAAAUAACGUAUGUCUGACCCCCAAACCAUCUUUUUAUUACAUGAUGUCUGGGACUUAGUGCCUUUGUGGGUGCUGGUUCUGUGUCCCCCUUGGUGGAUGAUUUGAUAGUUUCUAUGACUGGACGGCUGGGCAAGGGGAAGGAAUUUCCAAGUCCCUUCGCUCCUGGCCCCGCCAAAUCCUAUCUAACCUCUUGGUGAACCUCAGCACCCAAGGGGAAAUCUCACCCUAUCCCACGUCCUGGAGGAUUCCAUCCCUGGUGUAUCUACCGAGAUCUGUUUUAUUUCCCUCAAAUGCUCAGGCAGAUUUCUUUUGUGCUCUGCAGGGCACAUCUGCAUUUGUCACCCGCACCCCUCCUCUUCCCUUUUUAUAUCCCAUUUUGAUAUUGAUUUCUUAUUUUACAAUAAAACUUUGCUACCA